UUGUUCUGUCUUGCUGAGUGGAGGUGUGACCCCACUGCUGUGUCACACUGCUCCUGGCCUGCUGAAUACCAGAGCAUUAUCAGGCAGAUGAGAGUCAGCAUGGUGCUGGAAAUUCUAGAGACAUGCUGCACAGAAAAACAGAUGGCCUCACUUGCAAACUUCACUGGCUGUCCUGAUGGUACAUGGGGGAGCAAGGAAGACAAUGAUGAGUCUCUUAUGCCAGUUUUAUUUCGCUUUGUUUCUGCUUAUCUCAAAUGCAUCAAAACUGCUUUGGCAUGUGAAAUGUAUUGAAAGCUCAGGAUUAAUCAUUGAGAGACCAGCAUCUGGAACAACAGCUGGAAACACCAAACCGUCUGCUAGCCAAGAUGAACAGAAACACCUCCCUCAAGACUUUGACAUUGAUAUGGAUGACCCUGAGACGCAGAAGGCUGCCGUGGCCAUCCAGUCGCAGUUUAGGAAAUUCCAGAAGAAGAAGCAGGAUUUGAAGUCAUAAAGCAAGUGCAGUUAGCUGCGUCUUCACCUGAUGUGGACCUGGUUUUGCAUGUGAAUCAAGCUGCAACUUUAUGAACUGAGAAUUAAGGGUUGGGGCGGGAUUCCUGAAGGUGGAAGCAGGGGUGGGAUGGUCUGAGCACUGAAAAGUAAGCUAUCUUUGUGAAAGUCUGUGUGUAAUUAUUAACUUAAACUUAAAUGAACUAUUAUAUACAUUACUGUAUGUAUUUAAACUGUUCCUAUAAUUUUGCCAUUUCAAUUUUUUUUUUGUUGUUUUUUGUUUUUUUUUACCCCUGUGACACUUCACAGUGUGGCUGCAGUGGAGCAGAAAUAUGAAUUGUUUUUUACAUUCACAUUCAAUGUAAUUUACCCAUGUAAACACAACAAAUGAAAAUAAAUUGUCUCAUAAACUGUCA